CUUUGCUCUCUCCCCGCACGCUCUCCCUCCCGUCUACUACAAGCUCAUCAUGGCAUCUGAAGGCGAUUCCCCCGCGCGACCCCGCGUCUUCUUCGACAUCUCCCUCGGCGGCAAGCCCGUCGGCCGCAUCACCAUGGAGCUGUACGCCGACCUUGUCCCCAAGACGGCCGAGAACUUCCGCGCCCUGUGCACCGGCGAGAAGGGCGUCGGCAAGUCGGGCAAACCCCUCCACUACAAGGGCUCCAUCUUCCACCGCGUCAUCAAGCAGUUCAUGAUCCAGGGUGGUGACUUUACUGCUGGUGAUGGUACCGGCGGCGAGUCCAUCUACGGCAACAAGUUUGACGACGAGGCCUUUCCCAAGAAGCACGAGCGCCCGUUCCUCUUGUCCAUGGCCAACGCCGGGCCGAACACCAACGGCUCCCAAUUCUUCAUCACCACCGUCCCCACCCCCCACCUUGACGGCAAGCACGUCGUCUUUGGCGAGGUCCUCAACGGAAAGUCCAUCGUCCGCCAGAUCGAGAACCUCACCACCCAGUCGGGCGACCGUCCCGCCAAGGAGGCCCUGAUUGCCGACUGUGGUGAGCUCAAGGGUGACGCCGCCCUCGCCGCCGACGUCAAGCAGCCCGACGCCCUCGGUGACCCCUACGAGGACUUUCCCGAGGAUUGCACCGACACCCUCGAUGCCCCCGCCGUCCUCAAGAUCGCUGCCGCCUGCAAGGACUACGGCAACACCGCCUUCAAGUCUGGCAACUUCUCUCUCGGCCUCGACAAGUACCAGAAGGGUCUGCGUUAUAUCAACGAGGAGCCUGAGCUUGACGGCCAGCCCGACUCGCUCAAGGCUGAGCUCGAGGCUCUCCGCUUCUCCCUCAACAACAACUCGGCUCUGCUCAACAUUAAGCUUGAGGCUUGGGACGACGCCGUUCGCGCCGCCUCUUCUGCCCUUGACGUCCGCGGUGUCAAGGACUCUGACCGUGCCAAGGCUUUCUACCGCCGAGGCUUCUCUUACAUCCGUCUCAAGGACGAGGAGACUGCCCUGCGUGACCUGGCCCAGGCCAGCGAGCUUGCCCCCAACGACCCCGCCGUCACCAGGGAGCUCAACGCCGUCCGGACCAAGGCCGCUGCCCGCGCCGCCAAGGAGAAGGCCGCCUACAAGAAGUUCUUUACCUAAAGACUUGAUGAUUCUUUUUUGCAAAAGACGAAGAAAAAGAUAUAGAAGGCGCCUCCGUUGCCGAGGGAGGGAGGGAGAGCAAGCAUUAAAAUCGGCGAUGUUUUGAGAGACGUAACAUGGAAGGGGGGGAGGAAAUCCAUCUUUUUUCAAGUUAACAGCACCUUGUCAGGGACAGCGGGUAGGAGUCGGCGCCGAAUGAGAUACCAUCCAAUUACAAUAAACCACAUUCAAAG